GUUUCCAUUUAAUUAAGCAGCUGAGAGGCAUGAGUGUGGUGUUAGUGCUACUUCCUAUGGUGCUGUUUGUUAUGGUUGCGGGGGCUCAGCGAGCUUGCCCCAAGAACUGCAGAUGCGAUGGCAAGAUUGUGUACUGUGAAUCUCACGCAUUCAGAGACAUCCCUCAGAAUAUUUCUGGAGGGUCUCAAGGCUUAUCAUUACGGUACAACAGCAUUCAGAAGCUGAAAUCAAAUCAGUUUGCGGGCCUGAAUCAGCUCAUAUGGCUUUAUCUUGACCAUAAUUACAUCAGCUCCGUGGAUGAGGAUGCAUUUCAGGGGAUCCGCAGGCUGAAGGAAUUAAUUCUAAGCUCCAACAAAAUUACCCAUCUGCACAACAAAACAUUUCACCCAGUCCCCAACCUCCGCAAUCUGGACCUCUCUUACAACAAGUUGCAGGUGUUGCAGUCCGAGCAGUUCAAGGGCCUUCGUAAACUCUUGAUCUUGCAUUUGCGGUCUAACUCACUGAAAACUGUGCCGAUCCGAGUUUUCCAAGACUGCCGAAACCUUGACUUUCUGGAUUUGGGCUACAACCGCCUGCGGAGCUUAUCCCGUAAUGCUUUCGCUGGCCUUUUGAAGUUGACGGAGCUCCACUUGGAGCACAACCAGUUUUCUAAGAUCAAUUUUGCCCACUUUCCACGCCUCUUCAACCUUCGCUCGAUUUAUUUGCAGUGGAAUAGGAUCCGGUCUAUUAGCCAAGGGUUAACGUGGACUUGGAGUUCCUUGCACAACUUGGAUUUAUCAGGAAAUGACAUUACAGGGAUAGAGCCUGGGACCUUCCAGUGCCUUCCCAACCUGCAAAAGCUGAACCUGGAUUCCAACAAACUCACCAACAUCUCUCAGGAGACCAUCAAUACAUGGAUCUCGCUCAUCUCCAUCACUCUGUCCGGAAAUAUGUGGGAAUGUACUCGAAGCAUUUGCCCUCUGUUUACUUGGCUUAAGAAUUUCAAGGGAAAUAAAGAAAGCACUAUGAUAUGUGCAGGCCCUAAACAUAUCCAGGGUGAAAAAGUGAGCGAUGCUGUGGAAACAUAUAAUAUCUGUGCUGAAAUCCAGGUGGUAGUUACUGAAAGAUCAUACCAGGCACCCAAAACCCCCCAGAGACCUGUCUUCAUUCCUAAACCUACCAUUUCCAAACUUGAAAGCAAUCAGCCAACAUCCGAUACGCCAAGCCCUUCGGCAGACCUCCCAACACCGGGAGUGGAACCAGAGUACGAGCACGUUUCCUUUCACAAAAUAAUCGCUGGGAGCGUGGCCCUCUUUCUUUCCGUGGCCAUGAUUUUGUUGGUAAUCUACGUGUCAUGGAAGCGCUAUCCAGCCAGCAUGAAACAGCUCCAGCAGCACUCCCUCAUGAAGAGGCGCAGGAAAAAGGCCCGAGAGUCUGAAAGGCAAAUGAACUCCCCUUUACAGGAGUAUUACGUGGACUACAAGCCAACAAACUCUGAGACCAUGGAUGUAUCGGUUAAUGGAUCUGGGCCCUGCACGUAUACCAUCUCUGGCUCCAGGGAAUGUGAGGUAUGA